AAAAAUCGAGUACAAUUCCGACGGUCCGGUCCCGUUUAUAGGGGCAGGGCCCCGGAAAAGGGGCGGGUAUGAUGGCGCGACCCUCGCACGCACACGCUUCCAGCCGCUCCUCCGAAUCGGAAGAAGAAGAAGACCGUUUUGGAUUACCGUGGAGGUCGCAGCGGCCGCUGGUUGCGAGUGGUUAUCCGUCGGCGCCCGCGAACCGUUCGUCCUGUACCGGGAUCCUUCGUCCUGCUGCGAGAAGUCGCGGGGUUGCUGGCGUCCUGCACGCCGCCUCUAUCGAUCCGAUGGUGUGAUCUACUCUGUUGCUUUAUUGAUAUUAUUAUUGCGUUUGGAUUGAAAAUGCCGCAUACUGGACAAGCGGGAGUCAACCAACUCGGAGGCGUCUUCGUCAACGGCCGUCCCCUGCCUGAUUGCGUGAGACGAAGAAUCGUGGAAUUGGCUUUAUUAGGAGUGAGACCUUGCGACAUAUCCAGGCAGCUUUUGGUGUCCCACGGGUGCGUUUCCAAGAUUCUAACGAGAUUCUACGAGACCGGAUCGAUCAGGCCCGGAUCGAUCGGAGGAUCAAAGACAAAGCAAGUGGCCACGCCGACGGUGGUGAAGAAGAUCCUGCGGUUCAAGCAGGAGAAUCCGGGAAUGUUCGCGUGGGAAAUAAGAGAGCAGCUGAUAUCCCAGCGAAUUUGCGAGCCGCACAACAUACCCUCGGUGAGUUCGGUAAAUCGGAUAUUGAGGAACAGCGGAGUGUGGCCGGACGCUCCGGAUAUGCUGCACCAUCGCGUGACGCAUUCCUCCGAUUCCAUUCUCAGGGGUGAUAUGUACGCGAAGGCCGGCUCUCCGGCGACGACGCUUCCCUAUUAUCCGGAAUCGUCUUUUAUUCCUUCUAAUCGAUUCUCGUCGUUUCAACGCCAGCUACACAUAUCGACGUCUUCGCCGCUCGACGUCGCCCCAUCGACUAAUUGGUCGAAUCUAAUCGUCCCGUACCAGCCUUCGGGGAACAGAGAACGAGCCUCGGAGGAUAAGAAACCCUCGGUUAUAACGGAGAUAGAGAAGAACGACGAGAAGAAGAAAAACCCUUACUCCAUCGAGGAGUUGCUGAAGAAGCCCGUCCGGAGGAGUAAACCGAUGAAUAUCGAAUGCGUGGGAGUCCAACAGCCGUACGGGAGGUUAGUGAGCACGGAUGAUUCCAAUAAGUGUUGCAGCGACAGCGAGAGUGAUCAAGAACAGAACGUUAAAAUUGAAGUAGUUUAGGAUGUGGUGUCGUGAUUGUAGACGUCUUUUCUGGUGGAAUAAAUGCGAGUAGUGUCCUAUAAGACUUAUUUCAGGAAUAUGAAGGAUUCGACCUUACGAGAAAAUUUCUAUUACGCUUCGAAUUGAACUCCUUUGGGGUCUUUUUAGAUAUUACAUGAUGAUUUUUCUUGUAAGGUUUACACAUUAAGUUAUUAACUGUAUAAUUAUGUUAUAAGUUAAAUUAGUGCGCUUAUUUAUUGUAACUUAUUAACUUAUUGCUUACCGUUUACUUAUUAUUACUGUUUCAUGAAUUAUUUACAUUUAAUUAUUAAUACUCAUAUGUUGUGCUUUUUUUGGAAAGAAAUUCAUGAAUCAGAUAAAAAUAGUGUAGAAUAAUACUUUAAUUAAUAAACCAAAGACUAUUGUAAUAUUUAGGUAUCAUUUUUCUUUCAUUUCGUGAAAUGGAGCAAAAUUAAAUUCGUUUUAUUAAAAAAAAAGCGUUUAAAUUGAAUAAAGUUUGUAAUACUCUGUAUAUAUUCUUUUAAAUGUAAGUUGUAUGUGAAAUUUAGACUUUUUCUUUUAA